GGCUUGCGGCACAUUGAGCGAGGCAGCAGCAAAGCGGGAGCAUGUCUGGCCGGGGUAAGGGCGGCAAGGGGCUCGGCAAGGGCGGCGCCAAGCGCCACCGCAAGGUGCUGCGCGACAACAUCCAGGGCAUCACCAAGCCCGCCAUCCGCCGCCUGGCUCGGCGCGGCGGCGUCAAGCGCAUCUCGGGGCUCAUCUACGAGGAGACGCGCGGCGUGCUCAAGGUCUUCCUGGAGAACGUGAUCCGCGACGCCGUCACCUACACGGAGCACGCCAAGAGGAAGACGGUUACGGCCAUGGACGUGGUUUACGCCCUCAAGCGCCAGGGCCGCACCCUCUACGGCUUCGGCGGCUAAACUCGGUUCCUGCAACACUUCAGUAUUAAUACAACACAAAGGCUCUUUUCAGAGCCACCCACUAAUCUCAUUAAAAGAGCUUCGAGUCGCUGUUAUGCUGCUGUUGUUUCAGUUGGGGGAUUCAAGGGGAAAUCAAUUGGGAUUUUUGUUUUCUCGGCUUUGUCUAAGCUUACAGCCGCCUAGCCCACUUCUGCCGCGUUCCAUAGGGGGAAGGCUUCGCAUUCUAAUAGACGGGAAUAUUCUGAUCUUGGCUCGCAAAACCAAGCCAGGGCAGUGACUGUAGCGCUUGGCUGGCGACUCGCGCUACUGGAGGAAAAUGAGUUCUGUAAUUCAUACCCUUUAUUUCCCUCAUUUUCUUCCACACUAAACACCACCCGCUCAACUCAGACCCCCUUUCCACAGGGCAAACGAAGGGACACACACGCCAGACAAAACACGCGCGGCAGGCACGCCGGGAGCAACCGCCCCUGCGGGAGCCGCUGUCGCGGCACCGCUUGUACCGCGACAGCCGGCAAGGGCAGGGGAGCUCCUGGAAUGGCGCCGCUCUUCUCUCUGCCCUUCGGUGGGCGGGACAGAGCGGCAACAAGAAUCAGCCGGGA